CAGGUUUUGUUGACAAAUUUUAGGAAGAAAUUUAAAAUGGAACGGAUUUCCGUGUAUUCAAUCACUUGUUGAUUACUUUCAUUUUACCUACUGAAGACUAUAUGGUGUGGCUAAUAAGACGAAAGGAUGGUGUUUCACCAAUAUUCCCUCUUCGUGGAUGCUUUUGUUUGGACAAUCGUUUGGGUUGCUUUAUCUCAACCAUAACUACAGCAAUUAGUUCUGCUAUUUCAUGGGUAUUUGUGGUGCUAGAUUUGGUCACUUGGGCAAUUCCAGAUUUCGUUAUUGAUCCUCAGUUCCCAACAUAUUGGCGUAUUAGAUUUUGGAAAGGCUUCAUAUUGUGUGAUAUUUUCAUGUUUUUUGCAAAUUUGAUUCUUUUGAUAAUGUCCGUAAUUGUGAUUGUUUCUAUUUCUUGGCCAGCGAGAUAUAGACUUUAUCAUUUGAAAUCAUAUCUCCGAGCCUGGUGCAUAAUCAUGGUUCUUUACCAGAUCGCUAAUCUAGGAGUUGGCGUUUAUACGUACUCUUGGUAUGGACUAGCUGCAUGGGUAUGUACAUCUAUACAUAUAUUUAGACGAACUUUCAGCGUGCACCGUACUUGAUCUUCAGUGUGAUGUAUUUUAUUGUGUGCUACGUUCUCUAUGUGAGUUGAGGUUCGUUUCAUCUUCUGCGUUAUGUCAAAUUGUCCUGUUGGUCGUUGUCAAAGCUUCGUUGUCCAAUCAGUGUACUAAGACUUAUUUUCAUUAUAUUAUAAUAUGCUAUCGUUAAUUUUUUUUUACAGCUAUGGUGUUGGAUAGUUUGCUGGUCGUAUAAGGUAGAGAUUGAUAUCGCUCUUGAAACCGAGGAUGAUAAAAUGGCGGUUUACAUUUAUUCGCAAGUAGAUGAAAACAGUCUGAGAACUGGAGUCUCUUCUUUUUACAAUUAGAAUACACUUCUUUCAAAGACUGAAAACUAAUUGUGUUUCUUGUUUUAGGUCGGGUUUUUGAUAGUUGGAUAUUCAUACUAUUCAGAAAUCAAGCUGGCACUAGUUGGCGAAGGUGAUCCAGAAGUUCUACAGGAAAUCAACUUCCUCAGUGGAGCUGCGAGUACAAUGUCACCUCAUAUCUAUACCUUCCCACAGAACCAAAAAAUAUAAGUUUUGAUGUUUUGAUACUAGUGUCACUGAAUUCAUAAUGUGUUGACUUCUGUCAUUGUAAUGGUCCCAGAUAAAAUUAUUUGCAAGUGAUCAAGUGUCAAAGUCUUUUUUAUGAAAUUUUUUUGCUGAUUUGUACGUCAACACAUUUUUACUUGUUGUAUAAUUUUAACCAAACCUUGUCUUUUUUAACGCAUUAUUCUUUUGUAAAAGAAACUCUAUCCUUAGGAUUUAUAUUUGACAUUUUCAAUAAUUUACUUGUUGAUAAGUGUGUAUAUAUUUGUUCAUUACCAAUUCAGAUAUCUGUGCAGUUUUUAUAUAUGUAGUUUAACAUUAUUUGCAGGUUAUGAUGAUCUUUAUGCAACAAAAUAUCAAGUAUUCCUCAAUUUACUGCAUUGAUAAAUUUUAAUUGCUGAACAUAUCACUGAUAAAGAAUAAAAGUAUAUAAGCUUGA